CGUGUAUGUAAUGUAUCUCGUUAUAUAAUGACCGUGAAAAGUGUGUUUGAUUAUUAAAAGAACGUGAAAACUGGUUUUUUGUGUAAUUAGUGCGUUUUUGUUUUAGAAUAAAAGACUAGGAAGUGAUUGUUGUGGAAGGCAAUUUAUUAGUACAACUUGUAAAUAUACAACUUUUUCAAAUGAAACCGUUAGAACAGCAUCUGCUAGUGUUCUCUAAUCCAACUAGUAGAUGAGCCAUUGUCACCAUGCAUACCACAGCACCACCUGAACCUUCUGAAAAACUCUUCUAUCAUCCCAGUCUCAUAGACGAGCUGGAAGAGCUACGAAGUCUCUACGAUGAGCCGAAGUUCAAAAUAGCUAACGAACCGCAACUCUAUCGAAAUGGCCAAAAUUUCUUGUCGACGCCUAGUGCUCCCAACCUCAAUAGGAUACACACCUACUCUAGCCUUACUAAACUGUCGCACGCGCCCAGCCUUGGAAGGGUUUCUACAGCCAACAGCUCGUUGUACUAUGCACCUGGGUCGGUCAGGCAAGAAAGUGUUCGACGCUCAUUUCGACCAAAUGCCAUAAGAAAAAUGCGUAGACGAGCAGUUUUCAAGAAUGGAGACUGUAACAUCCUACAAUCAAGAAUCUCGAAACGCAGACUUCGAUAUCUUCAAGAUAUCUUCACGACCUUAGUAGAUUCACAAUGGCGAUGGACGCUUACUAUAUUCGCCAUAGGAUUCUUGGGCUCGUGGCUCCUAUUUGCUCUAGUAUGGUGGUUGAUUGUUUUUACACACGGUGAUCUUGAAGACGAUCACUUACCGGCCAAACAGACGGAUGCCAAUUGGACACCGUGUGUUUUUAAUAUUCAUGGGUUUACUUCAUGUUUCUUAUUUUCUAUAGAAACGCAACAUACUAUAGGUUAUGGUGUACGAACGACAACAGAAGAAUGUCCAGAAGCAAUCUUCCUCAUGUGUCUUCAAAGCAUAGCCGGAAUGAUUAUCCAAGCGUUUAUGGUAGGCAUAGUUUUUGCCAAGAUGACGCGUCCUAAAUUGAGAACGCAAACACUGCAAUUCUCAAAGAACGCUGUCAUCUGUCAGCGAGAAGGCCACCUCUGCCUUAUGUUCCGAGUAGGAGACAUGCGAAAGAGUCACAUUAUCGGAGCAAGUAUUCGAGCACAACUCAUUCGAUCGAAAACUACGAAAGAAGGAGAGGUUCUCAGUAACUUCCAGACGGAGUUGGAGGUGAACGCAGAUGGCUGCGAUGGAAACCUCUUCUUCAUUUGGCCGAUGACGAUCGUCCAUCGUAUCGAUGAGAACUCUCCCUUUUAUUACCUAACUGCUAGUGAUAUGUUACACGAAAGAUUCGAAAUCGUAGUGAUACUGGAAGGGACUAUAGAAAGUACCGGUCAAACCACGCAGGCUAGAUCGAGUUACGUGGCUAGUGAAGUUCUGUGGGGGCACAGGUUCGAAUCUGUCGUAUCGUAUAAUAAAGACAGACAAGGUUACGAAGUUAAUUACUCAAAAUUCGAUAACACCGUAGCUAUUGAUACCCCUCUGUGUUCAGGAGCCGAUCUGUCGGAGUUUUAUAGAAUUCAGCAAAUUUCUGAUGUCGACAUGAGGUUCCUGUCUCCCUACCGCCUCUCUCCAACGAACAGUUUCCUUGUACAAAGCGCACCGAUCUCUAGAGUGCCCUCACUUGAACCACUGUUCAAAAAGGAACCUAGCUCCACGAACGCACAUAAGACAAGUCUGAACCAAAACGAUUGCAAAAUUCAAAUCGAGGAUACAUUUACUGAGAAGCCGUACAAAGAGCUUAAGCCGUCCAAAGACUCUAAGUCCCAGAAAGAGUGUAAAGCUCAAAAAGAAGAAGCGAAGCGCAAAAUAAGUGCCAUAAAUGCCGUCAAAAGGCAGUCUGAUAUACUCGAAGAAAAAGAAGAUGAAGAAGAGCAAACAAGUGUGACAGAAAAUUUAAUUUAAGUUAUUGUAAGAAAAUAAAUUAUUUUUAUAGUU